UCAGUUGCCACAGGAUAUUUUAUUUUGAUCGACCUGUCAUAAAGUCCUUAUAUGAAUAUGCAAAUUAUAAAAGAGGAAAUUAUUAGACAUUAUAAGGAAGUUUAAAUUUCGGGUAGCAUUUUUUAUUUGGAAGGUAAACCGCAAGCAUGUUAUUCCUGUUCUGUUUGUCCGUUCUGUUUACGAUAGCCGAGGCGUGCGACAAACCUACGUGUUCAGUACAGAGUCCUGCUGCUACAGAUUGCCAGGUACAGACCCAAGAUUUGAAUGAAGCUGAAACUGGGCUGUGUAGUAGAUAUAUUACACUGAAGCAGACUGAUUUAACCUAUUACAGAGCUUCUGAGAAAUCGUACAUGAAUGGAUCGUUUGCAUUAAAAGUGAGGAAAGGUGGAAUACAGAACUACAAAAAUCUUAUGAUAGAAGUCAGGCCACGGGAGAUGACACAAAAAUACCUCAUUCGGAUAGGAGUCCGGGCGGAAAUGGAGAAAGAAAACAUUAAGGUGUCUGUGUCUUGUUUAGAAAUAGUCAAAGAAGACAGUGUUUCUGUCGGUAUUGCCGGUGAAUUGAUUGAGUUUGGCCAGCAGUGUAGGCCGAAAUAUAGAAAGUAUCAAGCUGUUGUGAGGGCAAUUGUCCCGCCAUCAUCAUCAUCUACAAAACCAAGUCAACUAAAGGGGAGCACUAAGGAACACACGGACAUCGGUGAAGAUCGGUGUUCAAUAGAUUUGCAGAAGAAAACCAUGACGCAUCGUUGGAAGAAACUGGAGAAUAUCAGGAUCCAAAAUUGUUUAUUUAUGGGAAAAUAUAAGAAGAUAACGCCUGGAAAUUGGACAGAAAAUAACGGAAUCAUUUACUGUGUUGCAAAAUACAAUUUUCCAAAUGAAUACUACUCGAGGAUAUAUUACCACGACCUGACAACUCGCGAACGCUUUUUUCUCAAGCCAUGUCAUUUCAACAUAACAAAUAAAUCAGAGAAUGUUGGAAUUUUAGGGUCAGAAAUGUCUACUAUCGAACCUAGUCCUUUUCAUCCAACAUCCAAUUCCCUGAACUCUACAAUGAGUAUAGGAACAAAUGAGUCUUUGGUCUACCUUCAGAUCUCGCACCCCCCAGCCCUGGAUCCAUCCACGAAAAUGAAUGUUACAGGCAAUGCUGUUCCCUCCGUUGCAGCUGUUUUGGAAACAUCUUACACUACCCCGAUAGUGGUCGGGUCCAUUUUGUUUUUCGGGAGUGUACUUUUACUUUCUUUGAUUGCUACACUAUUUUAUAGAAGGAAAAGGAUAUGCAUUGACGCAGCCCUGUAUCCAUCCACGAAAAUGAAUGUUACAGGCAAUGAGUCUUCCAAAGCAACUGCAAUGAUAAUAACAGUCGAUGAAUACAACAAAGACAUUUCCCAGCUGACGAGUUUACUCAAAGAUCCGAACAUAAAUACUGUGUCAGUUGAGUCUUCUUUUAAAGAUAAUAUGAUGAGUCGCCACGACUGGUUAGAAAGGGCAGUAUCCGAUAGCAACCACUACAUCUUCAUUGUGACCAAACAAAUGGGAGAUAUAUUCAAAACAAAGUUUAAUGAACCACUGUCGGGGGAAAGUGGAGAUAGGGUUCGUUUGUUGACUGAAUAUGAGGGCGGAACGUGUGCAUAUACAGUCAAUUUGAUAAGAAAUGAAUUUAUCAAAAGCUUGGUGUACACUGGAUAUUCGGUUAAAUCUUGUCACUUGGUAAGUUUUGAAGAAGAGGACGAGAAAGUCGUUUCGCGGUUAAAGGAUCGAUUCAAGUUGUUUCAAUGUGUCAAAACACAUUGCUACCAUCUGUAUACUGGAGGACGGUUCAGAUAUAACGCCGCAUGUCGCAUAAUAAACAAUAUCAAGAAAACGUAGUAAUCAACGGACCGGAAGACUAAUCAGCAAAACACGACUCGCAAUCCAGAAGUUCGGGACAUGGAUGUUGAAGAUGCCUUUGAAUCCAUACAAUGUCAUUCUAUAUUAAGUACUUGUUUUACUCCUGAAGAAAGGGAAUUCUGGUCUGAAGUGGAUGUCACAAGUAAUCCGCAUGUAGCUGCUGAGAACAAUAAGUGUGGGAUGUAAUCAACAAAGUCUUACAAAGUCCUGUAACCCUCAAUCGGACGGUGUGUCCACAAAAUGUAAGGUUUUCAUGCAUCUUAAAUUCUGAAAAUCAUUGGCAUUUCUUUUUGGUUUUAUAUUUUCAUCUUUUUAUUUUUGCAAAACGUUGUGCAGUGUGCCUUUAUAGACAUGUACGAGUAUAUGUUAGAGACUGGGAUAAUUGUACGAAUCUCACUGAAAGCCGAAGUUUGUUGAUAUAUUUUGAAACGUAAACUAAUUUAUAAAAUUCACAUUUUAAAUGCACUUGUAUGUGUGUUUGUGACCAGUUUAUAGGACACUUUGUAUAUGUAACAUUGUUUAUUAUUGUUUUGAUGUACCCACGUAUAGGUACAUGUAUGUGCACGCAUCGGUGAAGCUCUUUAGUUCAUUCUCGUCAUCAGAGUGGAUAUCUUUUAACGUAUAAGAAAUCCCAAUUUUAGAAUCUUUUCAAAUUCACUUUCAUCCAAGUAUUGAAAACAAUCAGAAAAAGAUUAUGAUGUAUUAACCAGCCGUGUUUAGUCAUUUAAAAAAGUUAAUUAUAUAUAAUGAAGCGGGGAAAUAUUUUUAUUUAUAUUGCAUAAUUAUUCAGUAUAUCUAUAGUUGAAGUCCAAUUUUUUUUUUGGAAAACUAAACCUUUUAAAAUAUCAAUAUAUCAAUAUCCGUAUACACUUAAACUUUAUCAAUAAUUUAUUCAACAUUAAACUAGUCAGUAAAAGUCUGAAUAUAUAUAUGAAGUUAAACAAAAAUUAUACACUACAUGUCUCCAGCUUUGCUACUGUUUACACACAUAAGAAUCUCCUACACCUGCCAGCCAAAGGUUCAGAGGCGACACUCUUAUCUUAUGUUAUCAUAUAUAUAUAUAUAUGUGUGUGUGUGUGUGUGUGUGUGUGUGUGUGUGUGUGUGUGUGUGUGUGUGUGUGUGUGAAACUUAUACGGUACCAAUUUUGAUGCACCAGAUCUUAUGUCUCUUCAGUAUAUAUAUAUAUAUAUAUAUAUAUAUAUAUAUAUAUAUAUAUAGCUUUUAUUUUAUAUUUUAUUUUUAUCUUAUACAUGUAUAUAUUACGUCUAUAUAUUUAUCUAAGGAGCGCCAAAACGUUAACUGAUGCUCUUACUUGUACAAGUAAAGGAUCUCCCAGUCUAGUGAGGUAAUGUACACCCCAAGAUUGUUCCAAUAUAGGCAUCAUAUCGAAUAUUAAUUUACCCUUUAUACUUUUUUUUAGCUUUUUAAAGUUUUUUCUGGCUCUUACAACGUAAUGUACGUGUCUUAGGAAUCCGAUUGUAAUUCAAUUAAGUUUGUAAAUAUAGCGAUGUGACACUUAAGUAUUUCGAUUUUUUACAUUAAUUAUGCUCGUGAUGUAUUUUUAUUUUAUCAUAGACCAACAGUUCUUUUUCUGUGAACAUGAUUGAAUACAUAAUACUAUUCAUCGUGGAAUUAUCAUAAAUUGUGUUUUUGUCGUUUAAAACACUGCAUAUGCAUACAUGUAUAAUAUAUCAUACCAACAUUGUUUAUUCUUAAUAGAUUAAUCAUUUUUGCAAUAACAUUGUGUUCAUGGUGAGUAUUUGCUAGUGUUUAAGCGAUGUGUUCAUAAUAUUGUGUUCUAAAUUUUUCUAACAAAUGUAUGCACAGUGGAAUGUUCCACGACAGGAUGUUUUCUUUCUGUUAACCGAUGUGUUCACACUACUUUAUUGAUUCUAAAGUUUGUAUAGGCUUUUAUUAUACAUUGUGAAGUGUUACCGCUUUUAUUCAUUUAUGUUUUUUGCGUCGACAAAUCACGUGACUGUAUAAUUUUGCAAGCGAUUUCGCUCCAUUCUGGAAUAAAAAAGCUCGAUGUAAA